UUAAACAAACAAAAGCAGGAGUGUGUACACUGCGACAGUACUGAUUUAGUGCAGUGGCGUGUUUGUUUGAAGGUCGUCAUGGGGGAGUCAGUGGAAGCACUUCCAUUUUCUGUGGCAAACAUCUUAAAGGACGAUCUAUCUAGAGGAGCGAAGAAGAAAGGCCAAUCUAACAGCAACGCUAGCAAAGCUUUGACUCUUGCUGAACGACUUGCAGAUGUGAUUAUGGACGCCAAGAUUAAUGCAGAAGGCGGACUAAGUCAGAAACGACGGCGGACGCGCACGGCAUUCACCCAAUAUCAACUCAAGACCUUGGAGAAUACAUUUUCACACACGCACUACCCUGAUAUUGUGAUGAGGGAACAAUUAAACAUGUGCACAAGCUUGCCAGACUCAACAAUACAGAUUUGGUUUAAAAACAGGAGAGCAAAGUUCAGGAAGCAAAAGACCAGCCCUGUCAUCCCUUUCAACAGAAGAAAAAACUUCAAGAACUCAGGGAUGCAAUUUUAUCUGACUCGUUCAUCAAGUUUACCGUUCACGCCAACUUUCUCGCCACAAGGAAACACCCCUUCAAACACUGGGCAAAAUAAAGACGAGAUGCCUCCCUUACCACCAAUCACAGCGAUGUUACCUACGCUUACAUCUGCUUGGAAGCUCGUUUAG